AGAAAAAAAACAAGUAAAGAUCAUUCAAGUUCUAGACAUUAGUAUAUAAGGCUGAACAAAAAAAAAUUAAGUCAGUUCGUCUCUGAAAGUUGACAAUCUCAGCAAAAUGAAAUUCCUCGUAGUCAUCGCCGCCGCUGUUGCCGUCGCGUCCGCCGCCGCCGUGGACGAGUACUCGGCUAAAGUACUCAAGUCUAGCUUCGACUCCGAACCCGAAGGUAGCUUCAAGUACGCCUACGAAACUGAAAAUGGAAUCUACGGUGCUGCCGACGGUUUCGUGAAGAACGUCAACUCUGAAUACCCCGCUGUUGCUAUCCAGGGAGGAUACAAAUACACUGCCCCUGAUGGUACUCCCGUCGAAAUUACCUACGUUGCCGACGAGAACGGAUACCAGCCCCAGGGUAACCUCCUGCCCGUUGCUCCCCCAGUACCCGAGGCCAUCGCUCGUUCCCUCGCCUGGAUCGCUGCCCACCCUCCCCCAGUUGAGAAGCCCGUUGCUCGUUACAACUGAAUAAUAUAUGAUGAUCCCAGUACAAACUAAUACUGCUCUAUAGAAAAUAAAUGUAAACGAUUAA